CGGCGACGUAGUUUUGGGCCUUUCUCGCUGCCGUAGGCGGUACGUACACGAUCUCCGGCAAGGGCAGGCUCAGGACUAUGGAGUGGAGUUCGGCUGCAGUAGGUGCCGUGAGGCGCCUCCGGACCCAGGCGCCGCCGCUGCAGACUCCCCAGCAGGAGCAGGGGCGACGGCGGUGUCAGCAGCAGCAGCAACGCUGGGAAAAGGAGGAAGAUGGACGGGGCAGCAAGAAAAAGCCUGCCGAGGGAGGCGCAAGCCCCCUUCCGGAGAUGCUUACGGCGCUCGUGCUGCUACUGUACUUUCUGGGGCUUCGCGGGCUCGUGCAGAUGUCCUUACAGUGCCUGGUACAGCCGACGCGUGAUCCUACGGAAUUCGACGCCCAGUGCGCCAGGGCAUAUUUAGAAAACAUUACUGCAAUUGGUCCAAGAAGUGUUGGAAGUCCAGAAAAUGAAAUUUUCACUGUUGACUACCUCUUGAAACAAGUUAAAGCUAUUGAAAUUAAAAGCAAUCAUGUCCAUACAAUCUCUGUAGAUAUACAGAGGCCAACAGGCACUUUCAGUAUUGACUUUCUUGGAGGAUUCACCAGUUAUUAUGACAACAUUACUAAUGUUGCUGUCAAACUGGAACCCAGAAGUGGAGCUGAACAUGCGGUGAUGUUGAAUUGUCACUUUGACUCUGUACCAAAUACUCUAGGUGCUAGCGAUGAUGCCGUCAGCUGUUCUAUAAUGCUUGAAAUACUGCACACACUUUCAGAAUCAUCUGAACCUUUGCAACAUUCUGUUAUAUUCCUGUUUAAUGGAGCAGAAGAAAGUAUCUUACAGGCUAGUCAUGGCUUCAUUACGCAACACCCAUGGGCUAAAUCAGUUAAAGCAUUUAUUAAUCUGGAGGCUGCUGGAGUAGGAGGGAAAGAACUUGUGUUUCAGACAGGGCCUGAAAACCCUUGGCUGGUACAAGCGUACGUCUCUGCUGCUAAGCACCCUUUUGGUUGUAUUGUGGCUCAAGAGGUAUUUCAGAGUGGUAUUAUCCCUGCAGAAACAGAUUUCCGUAUUUACAGAGAUUUUGGCAAUGUUCCAGGAAUAGACCUGGCUUUCAUUGAAAAUGGUUACAUCUAUCAUACAAAAUAUGACACAGUGGAUCGGAUUCUUACAGAUUCUAUUCAGAGAGCAGGUGACAAUAUUUUAGCUGUGCUAAAAUACUUAGCAAAGUCAGAUACACUAACCAAAUCUCAUGAGUAUCGACAUGGAAAUGUUGUCUUCUUUGAUGUUCUUGGCAUGUUCGUCGUGGCUUACCCAGCUCGUGUUGGAGCCAUUAUGAAUUGUGUCAUUGUGUCACUUGCCAUGCUUUAUCUAGGAAAAAAAGUUGUGCAGCCAAGAAAAAGAGGGAUUAAUUAUCUGAAGGAAUUUGCCAUUGCUUUUGGCUUUUCAGCACUCAGUUGGUUUGUCACCUUAAUUGGCACCCUUCUCAUAGCAGCAAUUAUUUCUCUUAUUGGACGAUCUCUUUGCUGGUAUACCCACUGCUAUGUAUCCUAUUUUCUCUAUGGAUCUGCAGCUCUGGCUAAACUGAUUCUUGUGCAUACAUUAGCCAAGAAAUUUUAUUAUAAACAUACAAAUGAACAGUUUCUAGGAGAGAUCUUCUUUGAUGUUCCAGUUAUAUUUUGGACUAUUUCACUGGCUCUACUUACUUACCUGGAAAUUUCCUCUGCAUUCAUUAGUGCAAUGUGGGUAGCAUUUCCACUUCUUACAAAACUAAUGACCUAUAAGGAAUUGAGAGAAAAAGGUGCCACAAUGAAAUUUGUGACAGUUUAUCUUCUGGGAAUGUUUAUUCCACACGUUUAUUUAUUAUACGUCAGCCGAAUUAUGCUUGAAAUGUUCAGUCCCAUCAUGGGACGCAGUGGUUCAGAAGUUCCACCUGAUGUAGUAGUGGCUGCUUUUAUUGUAUUAGUGUGUAUACUUCUAUCUUCCUAUUUGCUCAGGUUCAUUUAUCUGUCGAGAAGCACAAAGAUGACAUUAAUAUCUUUGACAACCAUUUUUAUAGUGACAUUCAUCCUUGUUUGCAGUGGAAUCUUCUUCCCUUUCAGUUCAGAUUUGGCAAACCCGAGGCCUAAGCGAAUCCUUCUUCAGCAUUUGAACAGAAGAUUUCAUAGCCUGGAUGGUCACUUGGAAAAAAGCGAUUCUGGAAUAUGGAUUAAUGGGCUGGACUAUGGUGGAAUAUCACACAUCAUACCCCACCUACCUGAGCUCAAUGAUUCUAUUACAGCCAGAUGUGAGGAAGGAUCCCCCCUCUGUGGAUAUCCUUGGAUCUUACCUGUGGACUACUUAUUUCGGAAAACAAGGUAUCUUCCUGCUCCAGCAAUAACCCCCCAAAAUCCUAUUCGCUUUCAGCUUCUCUCCAAAGAGCAAACACUAUGGGAUUCUACAAAGCUAACCUUUGAAGUAAUAGGUCCAAGUCACAUGGCAUUGUAUCUUCGACUACAUCAAGGCUCAACACUGUCCACCUGGUCUCUUGGAGAUGGAACUCCUGUUGUUAAUAACAUAAAUGGAGACUACUUUGUAUAUUAUUCACAUGGGCUCCAGGCCAUGCCCUGGCACUUCUGGAUAGAGCUGAAGGGUUCGGACAGAUCCACUAAAGGAAUGGUCACCCUUGCUAUAGUUACUCAUUACUUCUUUGGAGAAGAUCAAAAGUCACCUCAGUUACAUGCUUUACUAGAAAGAUUUCCCAACUGGACAUUUCCCUCAGGCUGGGCUUCUACCUAUGACCAGUUUAUCUUUUAAUCUAUAACUUCUGCAAAGGUCAAUUGUCUCUAAAUUGUUGGAUGCCACUUAUGUUCAUAGGGAGUUUAGGUGAGUUGGAAAAGAUGGCAUUAGUGACAGAAAGAAAAGCUAUGAGGAAUAAUUUAGCCACAAGUAUAUUUCAAUGGCAGUAUUGUAAGUCCUCUUUGGGGAAAAGGACAAAUUGGUUGUGUUUCUUUAAUGCAAAAAAAAAAAAGCACCUAUUUGUUCCACUUGAAUAGUCAGUUCACCUGUUGACUAGAUCGCGUGAAAGCUGCCUUUUGGAAAGUAGUAUUACAAUGGCCCUCCUUGACAUUUUGUAAUAAAAGGCUUUUGUGCAGGAACUGCAAGCACAAUAUAACAUACUUUACUGGCUUUAAAUAACACAAGUACUGCCUUGUCCUUAAUAUUUUGAUAAGCUGUGUUCUAAUCAAGUAAAGAAGUGUUUUAAGACACUGUUAAGACGGUCCAUCAUGGAGAAUAUGGAGUUUAAUGGUGAUUGCUGCAAUAAUGAUACUCAUUUUGAAUGCACUCUGUAAGCAAAGCUCUUCAAAUUAUAAUGCCAAAGAACUUGAUGGUCAAUCUCACUGAAUUCCUGAGUUUGCGUGUUCUGAUUUUGCUGUUUUUCCUUUUUUUUUCUGGAUUCUUUUGCUCUACCAAAGUAGAGCAAAGUCCACAUUUAGCUAACUUCUCCAUGGCAAUCAAGCAGCGUGUGAGCAAAACAGAUACAUAUGCAUCCAAUGUAAGCAUCUAGCACCAAACUUCUAAGGAUGGAGCCACCACUUUGGCCUCCUAUACACACAUAUAUAUGUACAUAUAUAUGUACAGUUUGUAUUUUGGUGAUAAUAUGCUGAUAGAUAAUUAGUGAAUUGGUUACUAAUAAUUAUUUUUAUUUAUCUGAUUUUUCAUGAGUGUGUCAUACAUAAUCGAGUGGAAACUGCAAUUUUGUACAAAAUUAUGAAAAACUCAGGGGAAAUCAAGUGGUAUUACUGAUUUCUUGUCUAUGUGUAAAAAUUGUGCUUUUACCAAAGAAAUAAGAGUAAACAACUCCUGAGCCAGAAGAACUGUAAAGGUGGCAUGAGCCUCUCUGCAGAAUAGCACUGGGGUUUUUUGUCUUCUUGCAUAGACUUUUCUAAGGGUGUAACCCUGGAGUCCUUGCAAGGACACUCCAGAAACUAUAGAGUAGCCUGACACUCUCUCUGGCCAGGGGAGCAGGUUCAUUCUUGGAGAAAGACCUCCAAUCUCCCAAGUAUCUUCCCCUCAAUCCUUGCUGCUCCAGACUUGAAGACUAGGAAGCAAAAAGGCGGCAGGGCAGUGGAGUGCAGGGUGGCCAAAAGGGCAGAGAUGUGGGGGAGAUAGGCAGGUGGGGGAGUUGAAGCGCCUGUGUGGUCUUAAAUACAGGCAGGCUGCCAAGCACCCAAAUUCUGAUGAUGUGACUGAAUGGGUGCUGCAACCGCUGUAAGUUUGAGGACUGGUCGUAAAUACCAUUUGUUCAGUGCCAUCAUAACUUUGAAUUGUCACUGAAUGAAUGGUCAUUAAGUGAGGACUACCUGUAUAAAUUUCACAAAUAAAUAAGGAAAAGAAUGCUCUUAUGAGGAAUUCAAAGUAAAAAAAAGGACAUGGUAAAUGCCAUUCCCUCCAUGUUCUAUAGAACAGAGGUUAGAUUACCCACAUCUGGUUCUUCCUUGUGCUAUAUAGUUGCUCUGUUAAUACCCUGUAUCAAGAAAACUGAAGUGUACAAAGAUUAGAAACCUCAGGGCAUAUGGAAAAUAGGUUUUAAAGUAAACCAUUUUGGUAAGAGAGGAGGGAGGGAUAGAAAUUAGGGUCUGAAAUUUCGGAUCCCAUCAGUUAGGGGUUUCUUGAUUUUUUGGGAGAUACCAUUUAAACCAUGGUAAAAAAUAUUAAAUGGAAGCUACCCCAGCCAUUUGAUUAAUUCUGUUUUCUCCUCUGUGAGUCUAUUUAAGAAAAAAGUUUUAAAAAACCAAUAAAUUUUAACAUGGUAACUUGAAAGACCAGCUUGGUUUAGUGGUUAAGGCAUCAGGCUAGAAACCAGGAGACUGGAAGUUCUAGUCUUGCCUUAGGCACGAAGCCAACUGGGUGACCUUGGGCCAGUCACUCUCCCUCAGCCCUAGGAAGAAUAUGGCAAACCACUUCUGAAAAAUCUUGCCAAGAAAACUGCAGGGACUUGACUCAGAAGCACCAAACAAACAAACAAAAAACCUAAAACAGCUCUGGGAGGUGAAGUGUCAGAAGAGUUCCUUAGAGCGACUCUGGUAAAAGAUGAACAACAUGCAGCAGCUUGAGUAGUUAUGGGUACAAUUGGGUUCACCUAUGUAACCACCAUUUUGGGAACUGCAUUGGCUGCCAGUUGGCUUCUGAGUGCAGUUCAAAGCGCUGUUUGCCACCUUGAAAGCUCUAUGUGACUCAGGGCCUGGAAAUAUGUCCACCUUAUUCAGGUUGAAUCCAAUCAUCUAGUGAGAGAGAAAAGGGGUCCCAUCAUCUAGGGAAUGCAAUUUCAAGGAACCCUGGGUUUAAGACAUCUCAGUGAUGGGUCCCAUUCUUUGGAACAGCUUACCCUGAAUAUCCAGAUGACUCCUUACUACAUUUUCAGGGAAUAUAAAAACUCUUUAAAAGGGUCUUCAGAAAAGCAUUUGGGAAUGGGUCAGAAUGCUAGCUCCAGAUGGUGAACACUGGAUUGACUGUGUAUAAUUCUAGUAAUCAAUUUUUGUUUUUACAUUUACUGCAAUGAUGCUGUAAGGCACUGAGAAUCGCCAGAAAUUGAGCUGUAUAUAAAUUGCAAUAACAACAGCAGCAUCAUAGACUGGACUAUUCCUCGAUGUUAGAAAAUAUAAAACUGGCCCUUGCCAAAAUCUCAGGGAAGUUCUUCCAUGUACCAUACACAGUCAAUCCAAUCUUGAGCCCUCGUUCCAGAUGUGUUAGACUUCAAUUAGCAUGGCCACAAAGGCUGUAGGUUACGCAAUCAGGAAUUUAGCAAAGGUGCUGCAGUAUUAUUGGAGGCCAGAUUAAGGAAGGCUGCUGUUUGUAUUUGAAGUAAAAAGAAUGUUGUGCAAGCAUCUUCAUUACCUAGUUAAGUUGCAGUGGUAUCUUAAGCUGUUCUUGGAACUCAUAGAGAUUGGAAUCUGUCAUGUUGCUGCUAAAUUGUGUAUGGCAGAAAGUAAUAAACAUGAUAAGAGCAAUAGAAUUAACAUCUAGUUUAUAUUCACUCAAAAAUUAAUUUGAGCUCUAUUUGAUUUAGGCUCUAUUCACAUUUACUUCCAAAUAAAGGUGACAGAUCAACGUAUUUGUUGAUUUGGGAUAUAUUUUUUCAACAUUCUCCAGCUUUAACAUUUGGCACAAUAUAAAAAUUACUUGUAGUUCUAAAUCAGAUAAGCAUUGACUUAUACUGACUCAGUUUCUUAGAAUAUAUUGGAUAAUUAUAACUCAUAAGGUAGUUAGAGUAAAUGCAAAAUGUUAGAACAAUGUCUUGCUCUAUAUAUUGCGUGGUAGAACUUGUGUCUUUGAUGACAAAAAGUGCAUUUGCUAUCAUAGUUGUCAGUGGUAUGGAAAUGGAGAUUAUCAAGUCAGCAGUUCUCAAUAAAUUAUUUGGGAGAUUCAGAUGUC